CUUCUCUCUAAACCGGACCCAAAUGACCAGAACGAGGAUCAUAAGCCCGACCCGGUUCCCUUCUCUCAAAUCCCAACGCUGCGGCAGCGGCGGAGACGCUAGCUUCAUGGAACAGCUCCUCCUACACUGCGCCACCGCCAUCGACUCCAACGACGCCGCACUGGUUCACCAACUCCUUUGGGUCCUCAACAACAUUGCCUCACCCGACGGCGACUCCUCCACCCAACGACUCACAUCUGCCUUCGUCCGCGCGUUGCUCUCACGUGCCGUCUCCAAAAUCCCCACACUCUUCUCCACCUUCGGAAACACCGUCUUCCAACCGCCGGCAGAUGAAAUACACCGGUUCUCAGUCGUGGAGCUCGCCGGGUUCAUCGACCUAACUCCGUGGCACAGGUUCGGAUUCAUCGCGGCCAACGAGGCGAUCUUAACCGCCGUGGAAGGCUACGCAAAGGUUCACAUCGUUGACCUAAGUUUGACUCACUGUAUGCAAAUCCCUACUCUCAUAGACGCCAUAGCAACCAAACUCAACAAACCUCUGCUUCUCAAACUCACCGUGGUCUCCUCCGCCUCCAACUUUCCACCAUUCAUCAACAUCUCCUAUGAAGAGCUCGGUUCAAAGCUCGUCAACUUCGCCACCUCGAGAAACAUAGAAAUGCAGUUCACCAUCAUACCUUCAACGUACUCCGAUGGCUUCUCCUCACUGCUCCAACACUUACGGAUGUACCCUACCUCCUACAACGAAGCUCUCGUCGUUAACUGCCACAUGAUGCUCCGCUACAUCCCCGACGAAACCCUAACUCCAUCAUCACCAUCUUCGUUAUCUCUCCGUAACGUUUUCUUGAACCAACUCCGAUCCCUGAACCCAACAAUGGUAACCCUAAUCGAAGAAGACGCAGAUCUCACGUCGGAUAAUCUCGUCACGCGGCUAAGUUCCGCGUUUAACUACUUCUGGAUCCCUUUUGACACGACGGACACGUUUAUGAGCGAGCAGAGGAGGCUGUACGAGGCGGAGAUAAGCUGGAAGAUAGAAAACGUGGUGGCCAAGGAAGGUGUGGAGAGGGUUGAGAGGACGGAGACGAAGGGACGGUGGCUUGAGAGGAUGAGAGAUAAUGAGUUCGGUGGAGUUAGGGUUAGAGAAGAGGCGGUUUCGGAGUUGAAGGCGAUGCUGGGGGAGCACGCCGUUGGAUGGGGAAUGAAGAAGGAUGAUGACGACGAGAGUCUAGUGCUGACGUGGAAAGGUCAUAGUGUUGUGUUUGCUACCGUUUGGGUUCCGAUUUAGUUGGGGUUGAUUUGGUUUUA